AUUUCCGGACACGUAAAAUACUCGAUGAUUCAUUGAAAGAAAUCAUGAGGGACAAAUGCGUGAAGCAGUUCUGCUACACCUCCCGGCAUUUCUAAUUUCAAUAAAGAUACAAGCACCAUCACAGCCGCACUGGGGGCGCCGUUUGGUGCGGAUCAGAUGCGUCCUCACCAGGCGCCGAGGGGAUCUUCCUUCUAGUGGAAACGGUUUCUGUUGACUUUAAAUGGACGUAUGAAUGACUUUACCGCAUGAGCAGGCAUAAAAGAGGAGAGCAAAUAUGACACCUCUGACCAAAAGAGCAAAGAAAUACUCAGCAUACAGUUAACCUGAAAGACUGUCGUAGGUUUCCACCGACCGAGACUGUACACGAUUUCAUUUAAAACUUUAAUCGACGCCCGGCUUCCAACUCAUUGUAACAUCUUGGUUUAGUUGUGAGGGGAGAGAGCGACGCUGCAUCCCUCUGCUGACAGAGAGACCACUUGUAUCGCCGUCACAACUGUGCCAAGAGACAGGGAGUCUUUGAAAGCCACCGGAGCGGACCCGACCAGCAUAUAAAUCAGCGUCCCGGAGAGCGUCUCGCUGGGCUCGCGUUGGUGAUAAAAGGCAUUGUCUCAAAGGUGCAUGUGUGGAAAACAGAGAGAGGGAAAUGGCACUUUUUCCAUUUAAAGAGGGGUGUACAGCAACAGUCAGCGGCAAGCGAAUGUAAAACACAGUUCUCCUGGUCUUGCCACGGGCGCGCACAGGCGAGGAGGCGCAGGACACGCAAGAUCAUCGAUUCGCACUUUAUAAUUUUGCGCUGCGUAUGUGACAACAGCUGCAAGGAAGCGGUGAAAGGUGGCAUUAAAAGGCGCUUUUCCUAAACUAAAUACACGAACCGUGAAACCAUGGAUGCCAGGAUACUAUUUUUGCUUGUUUGUUCUGCGGCAUUUUACGACGAGCUACUCUGCGCCUCGCCAAGAACCACAGCGGGAAUGGAUCUCCCCACCGACAGCUUCAACAGGAGCAGCACCGGUGGCAGCAGCGGGGAAUCCGGGGGAAAGAAAGACUCGAACCAAACCAUGAUGUCCAGAAACAAGAGAAAAACCCUGGCUGUGGAUUUCGCGGUCCCCUCUCUGUUGCGCUAUUUUCUGGCGGAGUUCAUCAACAGACCCCUGAACGGCGACUGUCAGACUUUUAGCGGAUGUUACACGCUGCGUGCAAACUUGAAAAUGCACUGCAUACCUUUGCAGAAAACCAUAUCAACUUUUGUGGACCCGAAAUCUGCUACGGAUUUAGCACUGGGGAACAGGUCUGUCGAUGGACAGCUCCCUUUUUUCUACAAGCGGCCGCUGUCCAAAGUUCUGAAAUUGGGCUUAACGAAAGCAAGCAGGAAAUCAAACCAAGUUGUAGUGGAAAUAGGAGAGGAUGUAGUCAAGACGGGAUGUGGGGGGCUGGCUGUGUACGAGGAGGCCCCGGUGCUCAUGCUGGAAAUGGACCUCACAUCCAUUCUAGAGUGGUGGCUGGGAGCAGAGGGGGGCCGUCUCAGGGUCCGGCUGAUGCCAGAGAAACAGGCGCAGGUUCCUGGGGUUGAGGAUCGGUAUACAGCUGCCAUACGAGCUGCAGACCCCCGCCUGUACCUUCAGAUUUCCUCCCGGGGUGAACCUCUAGAGCACAGGACCACUGAAGGGUACUGGAGCUUCUCCUGGGUAGCAGAGGACAAACUGAGUUUCCCAAAUGACACCAUGCCCAAGUCAGAUCCCCAAUGCCCUGGAAACAGCAGAACAUGUAACCACCAGCUGGAGGACUCCCCAGAGUUCACAUGGAGUAUAGUGGCAGCUGGCGACUUGCAGGACAGAAACGGGAAAACCAUAAAGAAAACAGGAAGUCCCCAGGGUUGGGAGGAAGGUAAGAAUGAAGGUCAGUUCUUCUGGGUGAAUACUUCAGCUUUUGGAGGGCCCUGGGUCCUGAGUCCGUGGCUAUGGGGGGGUCAAGGCACCUGUAGCCUGGACAUGGCUGUUUUUCUCCACCCAAAGCAAAGCGGGCAGUACACCAUUUGGCUAAUAGAGCGAGACAAGCCACCACUCUCCCUCUUCUCCACCGACACACUUCCUCGCAUCACAGGUUGGGCAGUGGUCCACCUCACCCUGGGAACUCACGGAGGAUCGCCUUUUCGGAUCUCAGCCAGCUACGAUCAGCGGAUCCCACAGGAUGAUACUGCCACCAUCGAGCCCCACUUCACCACCAACUGCACCAUGGCAUCCUCAUCUGGCCCCAACAUCACACUGGAGGGACAGUACCACUGUCACCAGGGACCUGCGAUCCCAUUAGACAAAUUAUGUGACUUCAGCACAGACUGUCCACGCGGAGAUGACGAAGACGACCUUUGCCGCCACUUUCUCAAUGGUAGCUACUGCUCUUUUGAAGAGGGUGAGUGCAGCUGGCAGUCAGUAGCAGGCCGUGGUCUCUCCUGGAGAAGAUUCCAGUCACCAGCCAAGGCAACCAGGCAGAACUGCCCUUCAUCAGGCACUACGUUCACUGUGGAAGGAGGCCAGUCUAAAAGUCAACGAGGCUCAGCAUUGUUGAGGAGUCCUCUCUUCCCACCUCCUCUCAGAAACUCCCCCUGCACGGUGCGGUUCUGGCUUUGCUCUGGAGGCCUGCAGAAGGGCUCGCUGUCUCUGUGGCUCAUGGAGAACAGCACCGGCCCUGAUGAGAAGCGCAGACUGUGGCAUUCGGCCGGUGAGCCCAAAUUUGACAGAGGAUGGAAGAUCAUCACUCUUCCCCUUUAUGGACUGGCGGACUGGUUCUGGCUCCAGUUCAGCAUAGAAGAUGGACCUGGACCCGGUUCAGCCAUCUCUCUAGACAACAUCUCUUUCAGCAUGGACUGCUUCUUGGCUUCCAAUGGCGAAUUUCCACCAGUUGCCAGCACAACCAGGCUGCCAUUAAGACCAACGAUGAAGACUCCACCCCCAUCCAUCAGAACUCCGUCAGUGAGCUUCCCCACCACAGAUUACUCCAAAAAAUGGGCUUUUCACACCUGUGGGGCUGUGGGCCCUGAGGGCCCAUCUCCCACUCAGUGCCUCAACUUCUACAGGGGUAGCAACGUCAACGUGACAGUGGGAACCCGAGGGCCCUUCAAAGGCAUUCAAAUGUGGCAGGUCCCAGAAACGGGCACCUACAGGAUCACUGCUUACGGUGCAGCUGGUGGGCGAAGCGUGUUGGCCAUGAGCAGGUCACAUGGUGUUUACAUCACAGGCGACUUCCUGCUGAGGAGGGGUGAACUGCUUCACAUCCUGGUGGGACAACAAGGAGAGGACGCCUGCCCCAAUGCCAACGACAUACUGAAUAAGAUCUGCGUGGAGCAGAGCAGCCCGUUGAAGAGCAAAAGUCAAGUGAGAGGGGGUGGAGGUGGAGGUGGUGGGGCCACCUAUGUGUUCAAGGUGGACAGAGAAGUCUACAUCCCUCUCAUCAUCGCUGCUGGUGGAGGCGGACGGGGCUACAGCAGCCAAUCAGAGACCCAGCUGGAGCAGAUGGACUAUGAUCCCGCCCAACCGGGACGCAACGGGAAGUCCCAGGCUGCAGGUGGAGGUGGAGGCUGGAAUGACAGUCUUCCUCCGAGCCAGGGUGGCAGACCGCUAGUGCUGGGGGGCCAGGGAGGGCAGGCCUGUCAAAAGUUCUGGCAGACCCGCGGCGGCUUCGGAGGCGGCGGCGGUGGCUGCAUGUCUGGUGGUGGCGGAGGAGGUUACAGAGGUGGUAACACCUCACUAGAUGACAACCCCAAAACUGAUGGUGAUGAUGGUACAUCCUUCCUCGGCCCGGACGGAGAGCCCUUCCUGUAUCCCCUGAAAGCUAUGGAGGGAGAUGGUGAGGUGAUCAUCAGCCCCGUUCAGAACUGCAGCCACUGCGAAAGCGGCGAAUGCCACGAGAACAAGGACAGCAUCAUCUGCUACUGUGAUGAAGAGCUCAUCCUGGCACCAGACGGUGUGUCCUGCCACAACGCCUCAGAGGCGUCCCUGACGCCCCAUCAGCCGUCUCUCUCCCACCUGGCCCUCGGUCUGUCUGUGGGCACCUCAGCCCUCAUCGCCGCCCUGCUGCUGGUCGUUUCUGGAGUCAUGAUAAUGUACAGGCGUAAACACACAGAGCUGCAGUCCAUUCAGCUGGAGCUGCAGAGUCCAGAUUGCAAGCUCAGUAAGCUGCGGGCCUCCACCAUCAUGACAGACUACAACCCUAACUACUGCUUCGCCGGCAAGACGGCGUCGGUCAACGACCUGAAGGAGGUGCCGCGACGGAACAUCUCUCUCACCAGGGGUCUCGGUCACGGUGCUUUUGGUGAGGUCUAUGAAGGUGUAGCCGUGGGGAUACCAGGAGAGCCAAGUCCUCUGCAGGUGGCGGUAAAGACCCUUCCUGAGGUUUGCUCUGAGCAAGAUGAGCUGGACUUCCUCAUGGAGGCUCUAAUCAUCAGUAAGUUCAGUCACCAGAACAUUGUGCGCUGUAUCGGAGUCAGUCUGCAGGCCAUGCCCAGGUUCAUCCUGCUGGAACUGAUGGCCGGAGGAGACCUCAAAAGCUUCCUGAGGGAGACCAGACCCCGGCUGGAUCAGCCAUCCAGCCUGACAAUGAUCGACCUUCUCAAUGUGGCCAGAGACAUUGCUAAGGGCUGCCAGUAUCUAGAGGAGAACCAGUUUAUACACAGGGACAUUGCAGCUCGGAACUGCCUGCUGACCUGCAAAGGACUGGGCCGAGUGGCCAAGAUUGGAGACUUCGGGAUGGCUCGAGACAUUUACAGGGCGAGCUAUUACAGGAAGGGCGGGCGUGCUAUGUUGCCAGUGAAGUGGAUGCCACCCGAGGCCUUCAUGGAGGGCAUCUUCACAUCUAAAACAGACACGUGGUCAUUUGGGGUGCUGCUGUGGGAGAUCUUUUCACUGGGCUACAUGCCAUAUCCAAGUCGCAGUAACCAGGAAGUUUUGGAGUUUGUAACCAACGGUGGACGAAUGGAUCCACCUAAAAACUGCCCUGGGCCAGUGUACCGUAUAAUGACUCAGAGUUGGCAGCACCAGCCUGAAGACAGGCCCAACUUCUCAACCAUCCUGGAAAGAAUUGAUUACUGCUUACAGGACCCUGACGUGGUGAACAUGCCCCUGCCUGUCGAGUAUGGACCUGUUGCUGAAGAGGAGGAGCGUGUACCCGUGCGUCCUGAUGAUCCCUCAACUUCAGCUGUGUUAGUGAAUGCCCAGGUGCCUGAUGGGGAGGCUCCCCAGCUACCCCCUUCCUAUCCUACAGAGGACAGAAGAGGGGAGCACACAGUCAUGACGAGCACAGCAUCAGAGGCCAAAGCACAGACGUCAGCUCAGCCCCAGCCAUGUGUCCACCAGCACCAGCCUCACACGCAGACCUCCAUCGCCCUGACGACCACAAACACCUCCACUGCCCCCUCCAAACUCACUGCCAAGGCACCUCAUGCCACCGCCCAGCCAAGCUCAGAGGGGGGCCACAUCAACCUGGCUUUCGCGCAGGGCCACACACAAGAGAAGGAGGGCCACAAUGGGAAAAACACCAGUCUCUGGAAUCCAACUUAUGGCUCGUGGUUCCUGCAGCAGCAGCAGCAGAGGAAGCAGCAGCAGCAGCAGCAGCAGAGGCAGGGAGGGGUAGGAGGUGCGGGAGGCAGUGGUGGCAGGGUGCCCGGGGAGGGGCAGGAGCAUGUGGGCCGGACGGUGGCUGAGGUGGCGGGGGUGCUGGGUCUCCAGCACCAGCACAAGCAAUUUCAGCAUCAGCUUCAGCAGCAGCACCAACUGCAGCUGCUGCACCAUCAGCAGCAGCAGCAGGGUCUCUGCAGGCCGCUCUUACCUCCACCCCCCCCUCCUGCUGCCCAGUCACCCCUGCUUUUAGAUUCAGCUGCCUUGCCCCCAGUUCCUCUCUACAGACUCAGACGUUUCCCUUGUGGGAACAUCGGAUACGGCUACCAGGAGCAAAGCCUACCGAUGGAGCCCACCCAUGGUAACGCCAACCCCCCUCCACCCCAGCAAGGCACCUCAAUGCCCUCCUCAGCAGCCCACCAGAGGGGGACCUCAGUCACUCUGGGACGGUCGGGUAUGUCCGAGGACAGCCGCCCACUGCUAGUUACCAUGGGGACAGUGCAAGACCCAAGGAUGCCCAGGAUGGAGGGUCACAACGCCACCGUGCUUUAGCCUGUACAGUUGGUCUUAUUUCCAGACUCACAACAAAGAACAGACCAUUUUCCACCUCCACAGCUGUCCCACUAUCUCGGUUCUCACAGAACCCAUCUCUGAAACAGGACAUUAGAGGUGUGUUAAAAUCCCUAACAGACGCUAAAGCACAUCUAAAAGGUUUGGGAGCCAAAAUACAGAGUAAAAGAUAAUUUUAAGAGUUAAAAAAAAAGAUAUUUUGUUAAGUGCUGGAAGGCUGAGGAAUGAGUGAGUAAACAAAGGAAGACUCUCCCUGCUUCUCGUCUGUCAAACUCAACUAACAGGAGGAUUGAAUCUUUUUAUUUUGCCAGACUGCAGACUUCUACACAACCUUUGCAGGCCAGUUUGGCUGUAGCAACAACAACGUUGUCUAUGGCCACCAGCCGUGUGUCGGCUCCUCUGCAGAACCCUCACAUCGUCCCUCAUCCUUUAGAGGGAGCACAGCAUUGUUAAUAACUUGUAAGAAACUAUUUUUCAAGAACAUCUCAAAAAUCGCUGGAUUACAAGAGACAUUUAUACUAAAGAGGAAAAAAAAAUGGGGAAAAUAGUUUGGUAUUUGCUUGCCUGCUUGUUUAUUUAUUCAUUUGUUUAUUUAUUAUUUGGAUUGGCACUAUAAAUUAUUAUAAAACAUGCCUCUUCAAGUUCAGUUCAAGCAAUUAAUUUAACAUCAACUCACUUACUAUAUAUAUAUAUAUAUAUAUAUAUAGUAAUACCCAGCAAAAAACAGCCCCCCCCCCAAAAAGAAAAAAGUCAAUGGUAACUUGCGUUACAGGAAAUCAUUCAACUAAAGAUGAGCUUGUCAUCAUUUCCCUGCUUUGUAUUAAUGUCAAUGCCCUUUUUUUAUUACUCUCCUUUUGUACAAAAGUCCUUUAAGUUUUUUUUGUUUGUUUGUUUUGUCUUUAAAGUGAUUUUGUUGUUUUUUCACUGUGUGACCUUUAAUUAUUUUUAUUCUUUUGGCCAUUUUGUUUGGAUACAGCGGAUAUUCCCAAAUUAAACUUACUCUUUGGUUAUCUAUCCCAAAGCACUCCACUGUCUUAUGUAUAUUCACAUAUUUUAUCUUUUCUAUUACAGGAUGGGUGGUAUUUGUGAAAUACAAAUGAGUGGAAACUUUAAAAACAAACAAAAAAAAAACUGCUUUUCCAUCACAUGUGAAUGAAACCCUGACCAGUCUGACUCUCAUCAAGCACAUUGUGUUGACAUGAGUCUGUGUUUAAAGUCCACUUUUCUUAAAAAAAUCUAUCAAAUGUUGAUAUGAAGAUAAAAGAAGAUAUUUUUUAAGCUUUUGCUUGACUGUAUUUGGCAAUCAUGUCAGUCCAUCUGCUGUAAAGAGACAAGCUGUGUCAUGAUGCUCAGUGGUUAAGAAAAUGCAUUUCUGUGAGCAAAGAAUGAGCAAGUUGAAUAUUUGCUAAUGAAAACUGUUUUGCUUUGUCUCCAGUGCCUGUGUUAAACCACACUGACUCUGUUUCUCUUCACAGCUCAUAUCUGUCGUUUGAUGUAAAAAGACCAGCCGCACCUGUAAAUGUUGUAAUUAUAAUGUAUUGUACAAUGGCUCUGGUUAAAGCUGUACAUUGCCCUUCAGAAGACAUUAGCCAAAAUGAAUAAAUUACUAUAAAAUG